AUGGCCGACCAUGAGCACCAGCUGUACGAGCUCACUGCAGCUUCGUCAGUUUCAGCGACAGAACACGACACGAUGCCGCCGGAUGAGCUGGAGGAGGUGCAUGCCGUGGAUGCGCGGUUACAUAAGAGGACUCUGAGGAAGCUGGACUGUUUACUAUUGCCGUUUCUGGCGUUGCUGUUCUUGUUUAAUGCGCUGGAUAAGUCGAAUAUUGGAAAUGCAGAGUCUGCGCAUUUCACGGCAGAUAUUGGACUGGACAAAGGCGCCUUGAACACAGCGGUUGCGCUGUUCUUCGCUUUCUUCGUUGCGCUGCAACCGCUUGGUGCGGCGCUGGGGAGGAGGUAUGGCAUGGUGCUUUGGGUGCCUAGUUGUAUGCUUCUCUGGGGAGUAUGCACGGCGCUGCAUGCGUGGGUACGACAUAGGUGGCAGCUGUAUACGCUGCGCAUCCUCAUCGGUUGUCUUGAAGCUGGAUUCUACCCAGUCACCGUUACCUACCUCUCCCUCUUCUAUACGCGCUUCGAAUUCGGCAGACGACUCUCGUUCUUCUACGGCCAGGCGGCAGUUGGUGGUGCGCUUGGGGGCCUUAUAAGCUACCUUGUCUUUUCCCACUUUGGAAAAGACAAUGAAGGUUCAGACAAGGAUUGGAGGCCGUGGCAGGUGCUCUUUCUACUGGAAGGCACUCUCACUAUCGUGGUGGCAUUCAUCGGAUACUUCUGGCUACCGCAUAGCGUGGAGACGGCAUGGUUUCUCACGCCCGAGGAGCGUCGAUAUGCAUCUUCGCGUGUUGUGAGAGACAGAGACAUACAGAACGCACCGACAGCAGUUCAGGAGGACGACCGGGAGGCAGAAGAAACCUACGAUGAGGAGUCGCGUGGUCUUCUCGACUCAUCCAAGCACUCAAUCACCUCAGCUACGCCAUCGCGACAGCUGGUGGACGAUCGCGGCCUGAGUCCUCACGACGUACUGUCAGCAGUCUUCAACACCAAGAUAUGGCAUAUUCUGGCCUGCAACGUUCUAUCUGCCAUUCCAGUCUAUGCCUUUUCCGUCUUCCUCCCGCUUGUAUUGGCACCUUUGACGAAGAAAGCGAACCCUGCGCUCAUCAACUUGCUCACUGCACCACCACACAUCUGUGGAGCCAUAGUACUGUACUUCGCAGCUAGCUACAGCGACAAACAUCGCAUUCGCCUCAAGCCUAUACUACUCGGCCUGUUCAUCAUGGUGACUGGCUUGGUAAUCGUGGUCCUGUUGCCAAGCUCAUGGGCAAUACCCCGCUACAUUGCUCUCAACAUCCUCCUCUCUGGUACCUACGUCGCUUCUCCGCUCACUGUGGCCUGGAUAUCUGGCAACACGCCGUCACCUGGCACGCGUGCAUUACUCCUCGGUAUCAACGGCUGGGGCAACCUUGCUGGAGUUAUAUCAGCGAUCCUUUUCCGACCAAAAUAUGCCGCGGGUGGUUACAUCGUUCCGUUCUGGUGGACGCUUGCAUCUGUCGCAUUAGCAGCUCUCGGCUAUGUGCUCUUCCUUCGACGACUAAAGGUUGAAAAUGAGAUGCGGCAAAAUACCAUACGCAAGUGGAGCGAAGACGAUGUCGAGGCAGAAAGACUGCACGGCCGAGGUCCGGUACCGCAGCGGCAACGAUGGCUCAAGAGAGCUAUCGGUAUGACAGGGUCGCAUAGUAAGCUCGCAUGGCUCGCUGAUUGGCUUGAGAAGGCUGCGCGAGCUGGCAGGGAGGGUGACGAUAGGCUCACAUUCGUCUACGGAUUGUGA